AAGCGGGAGGAUCGAUCAUUCAGAUAGUCGACCAGACAGGUGGUCGACCAGUCCAUUGCACGACCAGACAAACGAUCGAUCAACCCAUCGCUCGACCAGAUACAUGAUCGGGCAACCUAUUCGACCUCAACAGGUCGAUCGCUUCGAGGAACCAACAGUCGGCCUAGUCAUGGGCGCGUGUAUCACGGGCGCGC